GCAUGCCACGGGCAAAGCUCAGCAUGGAAACUUCCUGGUGCCCAUCAAGCAGGAGAAGGGAGAGGCGGCACGGGCCAGUGGUGAGAAGCCACACGGUGAAGAGGAGCCAGUGAAGAAGAGAGGUUGGCCCAAGGGCAAGAAGAGGAAGAAGAUCCUUCCUAACGGCCCUAAAGCCCCGGUGACAGGCUACGUGCGCUUCCUGAACGAGCGGCGUGAGCAGAUCCGCAUGCAGCACCCUGACCUGCCCUUCCCGGAGAUCACCAAGAUGCUGGGGGCUGAGUGGAGCAAGCUGCAGCUCUCAGAGAAGCAGCGGUACCUGGACGAAGCAGAGCGGGAGAAGCAGCAGUACAUGAAGGAGCUGCGGGAAUACCAGCAGUCAGAAGCCUACAAGAUGUGCACGGAGAAGAUCCAGGAGAAAAAGAUCAAAAAAGAGGACAUGGGCUCUGCAGCAGCAAACACCUUGCUGAAUGGGCACCCACACAAGGCUGGUGAGUGCAGUGACACCUUUUCCACCUUCGACGUGCCCAUCUUCACAGAGGAGUUCUUGGACCAAAACAAAGCGCGCGAGGCUGAGCUGCGGCGCCUGCGGAAGAUGAACACGGAGUUUGAGGAGCAGAACGCCAUCCUGCAGAAACACACGGAGAGCAUGAACUGUGCCAAGGAGAAGCUGGAGCAGGAGCUGGCCCAGGAGGAGAGGCAGACGCUGGCCUUGCAGCAGCCGCUCCCGUCUGUGCGCCUGGGCCCUACGGUUUACCCCACAGGCACUGGGGAGACCCCCACACUGAGCACUCUGGACUUCUACAUGGCCAAACUUCACAGUGCCAUCGAGAGCAACCCACUGCAGCAUGAGAAGCUGGUGGUGCGCAUCAAGGAGAUCCUGUCCCGGAUAGCCAG